AUGGCAACACCAACUUCCAUAUCGUUCGCCGUCCGAAGGUGCGAACCAGAAUUGGUUGCGCCAGCUAAGGCCACACCUCAUGAAUUCAGACAGCUUUCUGAUAUUGAUCGCCAACUAUACCUCCAAUUUCAAUCACCACAUUACAACUUGUAUGCACACAAUCCAUCGAUGCAAGGGAAAGAUCCUGUGAAGGUAAUAAAGGAGGCAAUUGCGCAGGCACUUGUGUAUUAUUACCCUUUUGCUGCCGAUGCCGAUGCCACGGUGGAGCAGUUUGGAGAUCCAAUUCCAUCUCCUUUCCCAUGCUUUCAGGAACUUCUUUACAACGUCCCAGGUGUUAAAUAA